AUGUCACAUAAUCGUGAAUCUUCUAUUGCCUAUUUCAUAUCUAUAACGCAUUGUCAAAGAGAUGAUGCAAUUCAAUAUUUAGAAAAAACUCAAUGGAGACUUGAUCAAUCUCUCAAUUUAUUUUUUGAACAAGAUUUAAAACAAAAAAAAUCUAAUAUACAUUCAAAAUGUAUCGUUGCACCAUAUCAACAAUCAUCACCGAAAACGAUUAUUAUACCAACGAUGAUCGAAUUUCAACGAUUUAUUGAAUCAUUUAAUAUUGAUAAAACAAAUCUACUUGAAAAUUCAUCAAAAAUGAUGAAUUUAGCAAUGAAAUAUGCUACAUAUAAAGAAGUUAAUAUUCCAUCAAAUCAAAUUGAACAUUGGAAAAUUCAUUUAAAAGUUGAUUACACACGUUUACAAACACUACUUGAUAAUGAUAUGUGUGCGCCAUUAGUUUGGAUUGAACACUUUGAACAUUUAUUAAAUGGAAACAUUGAUCAAUUAUUUGAUUGUGAUUAUAUGUUUACCAUAAGUGAUUAG